GACUACUACCGCGUUCUCGGCGUGCCGCGCGACGCCGACGAGAGCGCCAUCAAGAAGGCCUACCGCAAGCUCGCCGUCAAGUACCACCCGGACAAGAACCCGGACAACCCGCAGGCCGAGGAGAACUUCAAGCGCGUCGCCGAGGCCUACGACUGCCUGAGCGACGCGCAAAAGCGCGCGGCUUACGACAGCUACGGCAAGGAGGGCGCGCGCGCCGCGGAGCAGGGCGGCUUCCCCGGCGGCGGCGGCGGCGGCAUGCGCGCCCACGGCGUCGACCCCGAGGAGAUCUUCCGCCAGUUCUUCAACCAGCGCGGCGGCGGCGCGCGCGGC